CAUGUUUAUAGUUUUCAUAGCAGCUGCAGUUACUGUUCUCUAGUUGGAUCCAACUGGGAAUAAAUCAUGGAGCACUUCAACCUGAGCUGAGCAACUUUUUAUCUCUACUCAAGCACUGAAACAUAUUUCAGGGUUAGCAGACAGUGUUCAGUUCAAGAUGCAUCCUUGUUUCCUCUCCCUCUGGUUUACAAACGUCAUGAUGGGAGGAACCAGUGACACGCCCUUCAGUUACCCGACAUUUACAUGAGAACUGAAGCCAGUUUCUGUUCUACAAAAGAAAAACUCACACAGUUGAUUUUACUGAGAGCUGAAAUGGACUAUAGACAAGUUCAAAGGGAUAAACUCUCUUGCUCCAUCUGUUUGGAGACAGUGAAGGAUCCGGUGACUAUUCCCUGUGGACACAGCUACUGUAUGACCUGCAUUAACGACCACUGGGAUGGAGAAGUUCAGAGGAGAAACCACAGCUGCCUUCAAUGCAGAGAGAAAUUUAGAAAAAGACCUGUCUUGAAGAAAAGCACAAUGUUAGCAGAUUUAGUGGAUAUUGAACUGAAGAAGACUGGACUCCAAGCUGCUCCAGCUGAUCACUGCUAUGCUGAACCUGAAGAUGUGGCCUGUGAUGUCUGCACUGGGAGGAAGAGGAAAGCUGUCAAGUCCUGUUUAUCUUGUCCAGCUUCCUACUGUGAGACUCACCUCCAACCUCACCAGGAUGCUCCACCAUUAAAAAAGCACAAGCUGGUGAAUCCCUCCAAGAAUCUCCAGCAGAGGAUCUGCUCUCGUCAUGAUGAGGUGAUGAAGAUCUUCUGUCGUACUGAUCAGCAGUGUAUCUGUUAUCUCUGCAAUAUGGAUGAACAUAAAGGCCAUGAAACAGUUUCAGCUGCAGCAGAAAGAGCUGAGAAGCAGAAGAAGCUCCAGGAGAGUCGACAACAAAUCCAUCAGAGAAUCCAGGACCAAGAGAAAGAUGUGAAGCUGCUUCAACAGGAGGUGGAGGCCAUCAAUGUCUCUGCUGAUAAAGCAGUGGAGGACAGUGAGAAGAUCUUCACCCAGCUGAUCCGUCUCCUCCAGGAAAGAAGCUCUGAUGUGAAGCAGCAGAUCAGAUCCCAGCAGGAAACUGAAGUGAGUCGAGUCAAAGAUGUUCAGGAGAAGCUGGAGCAGGAGAUCACUGAGCUGAAGAGGAAAGACGCUGAGCUGGAGCAGCUCUCACACACAGAGGAUCACAUCCAGUUUCUCCUCAACUACCCCUCACUGCCAGCACUCAGUGAGUCUACACACUCAUCCAGCAUCAACAUCCGUCCUCUGAGACACUUUGAGGACAUGACAGCAGCUGUGUCAGAGCUCAGAGACAAACUACAGGACGUCCUGAGAGACAAAUGGACAAACAUCUCACGGUCAAUUAGUGAUGUGGAUGUUUUACUGUCAGAACCAGAACCAAAGACCAGAGCUGGAUUCCUAAAAUAUACGCAAGAAAUCACUCUGGAUCCAAACACAGCAAACAGGUUUCUGUUAUUAUCUGAGGAGAACAGAAAAGUAACGAGGGUAAAAGAACGACAAUCUUAUCCUGAUCAUCCAGACAGAUUUGAUAAUUUAUGUUAUCAGGUUCUGAGUACAGAGAGUCUGACUGGACGUUGUUACUGGGAGGUGGAGACGAGAGGAGGAAUUGCUGUAGCCGUUUCUUACAAGAACAUCAACAGAAAAGGAGGAUUUGGAGUCAAUGACAAAUCCUGGUCAUUAUAUUUUAUCACAAAAGGUUAUGUAGGUUUUCACAACAACAUUAAAACUCCAGUACUGGAUCCUGUUUCCUCCAGACUAGGAGUGUACCUGGAUCAUAUAGAAGGUAUUCUGUGUUUCUACAGCGUCUCUAAAACUAUGACUCUGAUCCACAGAGUCCAGACCAGAUUCACUCAGCCUCUACAUGCUGGGAUUAAACUUUUUGGUGAGGAAUCAUCUGCUGAGUUCAUUAAACUGAAAUAGCCAGCAGUGAUCUGACGUCCAGUUUUUUUAAAAUGUGUAUUUUAGUUUCAGGUGUUUGAUUUUCCUCCAUUGUUGCUGAGAGCUUUGUUUUCAUUUCUUCACUGCUCACAGAUCAGCUGUCUUUACGGAGUUACUUUAUGAUCUUUUUAUUUUGUUGGUGUUGGAGUUCAUUUGAGUGCUGCCCCUUCCUGUUUCUGUUCACCCAUGGAGACUCUCACUGCUAAGGAGGAUUUUGAUUCUCUAAUUACAUUUACAUGAAUUACUUUUUCAUUUAAAUCCAUGUAAAAAUUAGCUGAUGGAAACUGAUUGCUACGAUCAUCAUCAAUCAGAAAGUUUUUCAUUAUUUUGUUGGACGAAGAUCAGAUUAUGAUGAUGCAACUUUUUAAAACUCAAACAGUGUUUAGUAUGGGCUGGUAAGUGAAAUGUAAAAGGACAUCAGCAGGUAAAAAUAACUUCCUGCUGUGAGAAAACUAUCAUCCUUUUCAGCAUUUAUUGUAGUUGAAAGGUUAAAGAAGGAAAGUGAUCAAUUUCAUAACAAUAUUCUUCUUUCCAAAGGAAAAAAUAGUUUUUGAACAUUGAAGCAAAGAUGCCAAAGUGUGGAACAAUGUAUUGGCUUAGAGUGGAAAAUUCACUUAUUCAUAAUCUGUAAAAGAUGUUUUCAGAAUGGAGUCCAUUCAUUUCUGGAUUUAGCAGAGAAGCAAAUUCUCUCCUGAUUGUAGAGAAGAGCUGAUGUUAUCUAGUAAUGUAGUUAUCUAGUAAACUACAUUGAUUACAUUAAUUAACAUGCUUUAUGUGUUUUUUUAUGGGAGACUUUAUACAACAGCCAAGCUUGCCAUGUUUAUUUUCUGCUUUAAUGAUUAUAUCUGUGUGAUGCUGUAAUAUUGUAAAAAUCUGAAUAAUCUAAAUUUAUUUGUAACAUUUAGUUGAUUUUGGUUAUUUAAUCUUUCAUCCUGAUUAACUUUUACAAAAGAAAAAUAAAGAAUGUCAAAGCUAACAGUUUUUGAAUCUGUGAGACUGUUGCUUUAAACAUGCACAAAUUUCAGAUUGCUUGUUAACUGAAGAUUUGUUGGUCAAAAGGAAAAGGCCAAUUCCAAACAUGUUGUUUAGAUGGUUAAUUCAGGAGGAAAUAGUGAUGAGGUACAGGUGUGUGUGUAUGGGGGCGGGGCUUGUCUGGUUUCAUUUGGCUGCAGUUUGUUCUCACAAGGUUCACUUUCAUGAUUGAACAACAUUUUUGUAAUGAGGUUGUUAUCCUGUGUUUCAUUUUCUGUUUUAAUAAAGAGUUUUAAUAAUU